AUGACGAGACCUGCGGGAUUGCGUAGCUUACUGAAACUGGCUCCUAUCAGGGGGCCUUGCAAACCUCGACACUAUAACACCCUACAGUACCACCGGGCACAUGCUGCCACCGUUCCAGUUGAAGCAGAGGCCUACAGACGCACAUUUUCCUCAGUCGCAAUCCCAUCAGCUCCUCGGGAAGCUAUAUUGUCUAGGAUUUUGCUAGAUGGCAAGGUGACUGUUAUCACGGGCGGGUCCAGAGGAAUUGGAUUAACCCUGGCACAGACAGUAGCAAGUCUGGGCAGCGACGUGGCUAUCUUGGAUGUGCAGGAGCCUGAGACAAGAAUUCCAGAGCUGGAAAAGACAUACGGGACUCGCUUCUCCUUUGAGCGACUAGACGUGACCUCCAAGGACAGCAUGGAGAACGUAUUCGCGAAGGUAGUGCAGGACAUGGGAAGAAUCGAUAACUGCAUCACCUGCGCCGGAGUCGCCCUCGACAAGCCCUUCCUAGAACACACAUGGGAUGAAUCCCGUCGCAUCCUCGAUAUUAACAUCCUAGGCUCCUUCUUCGCUGCCCAACUCGCCGCCAAACAAAUAAUCCAACAAAACACCAGCGGCUCAAUCAUCAUGAUCGCGUCCAUCGCAGCCCACUGCGCGAUCCCUGCCCAGCGAGUCUCCAUCUACGGCGCCUCCAAGGCCGCAAUCAAGCUCCUUGGCAAGACGCUCGCCGUGGAACUGGCCCCGUACAACGUCCGCGUCAAUACGCUCUCGCCGGGAUUCAUCGAGACGGAGAUGACGAAGCAGUUUGUAGAUAUCCAGGACGUGCUUCGGACUACGCCACCGAUGGGGAGGAUCGGGCAGGUGGGGGAUUUGGCUCUUGCGGUGGCUUAUUUGCUGAGUGAUGGAGCUGCGUAUACGACUGGGGCGGAUGUGCCUGUUACGGGGGGGUUGCAUGGUGGGAGGAUUGGGGUUUAG